AUGCUCGUGAGCCUGCGGAGUGAUAUCAAUUGGUUCAUUUCAAGACCCCUCCACACCUCCACACAAGCUCGCGAGCACCUCAAGCGGCUCCUCGCCUACACGCGAUAUAUCGUUGUUGAGAGUCUCGGCUCUCUACCACGCUCCUUUGUCCCUGGUCCAUCGCUUCAUCACGCUCGUUUCAUCCAACUUGAAAUUAUCACGAGCCCCAAAGACUUCACGAAAGCGAGAGACCACCAGCACCUCCAUCACCACGCCAAGAAGGAUGCUGCCUCCAAGAUUGAGGUUGCCACCUCCACCGAGACUGUGUACAUUGUUGGCGAGACGGUAAUCUCGGAGAAAGAAGCAUUGGCUGGUAUAAAUAAUGGUUCUCUUGUCAAUGUUGGCGAAUCCACGCCCAUCUUUGCUCCUCCCGUCGCCCAACCCCCUAAGCCUACGACUACCACCAGCCUUCAGAACCUCGGUGCCCAAUUUCUUGAGAAAUCUAGUAGUGUUGCAUCCCUGGCGAACCCUACGACUACUUCGCAACCACCACCACCUCCUAAGAGCACUCAGGCUCCCAAACCAAGCACUUCGCCCAGCAACCCCCCAAGCGGAGAUAUCGGCCUGGAUUCCAAGUUUCCUAGCGGUCAAAUAGAGUGCUCAGAGUUCCCCUCUGACUACGGCGCCCUUCGAUUGGACUAUCUGAAAUUGGGUGGGUAUUCUGGCAUACAGAUUGUCGAUGACGACUUCUCGAUGGAGGAAUCCAAAAACAUCAACACCAUCCGCACUGGCGUCCCUAACGACAAAUGCACCGAGGGGGCAAUGUGCUCUUAUGCAUGUCCGCCUGGCUACCAGAAGAGCCAGUGGCCAGAUGCGCAAGGCGCGAAUAAGCAAUCUAUUGGUGGCCUUUACUGCAACAAGGAUGGAUAUCUCGAGUUGACUCGUAAAAGCAACCCCGUUCUUUGCGUACCUGGUGCUGGCGGCGUUUCUAUCAAGAAUGACUUGGACGAAGUUGUCUCCACCUGCCGAACCGACUACCCUGGCACUGAAAGCAUGACUAUUCCCGCCGAGGCCAUGCCUGGUAAGUCGGUCGUAUUGACCAAUCCUGACUCAUCGACAUACUACAAGUGGAACAACAUGCCUACCACAGCUCAGUACUACGUCAAUAACAAGGGUCUUGCUGCAAAGGACGCCUGUCUCUGGAACUGUCCCUGCGACGAGAACAAGCCCCAGAACUACAAAACCUGCGGUAACUGGGCGCCUGUUAACAUUGGUGUUGGCCUGGCUGAAGACGGCAACAACACAUACAUUGCUAUCUUCCAGAACGCACCGACGCAGCGCAGCGCAAAACUAAAUUUUAAUAUCGAAAUCACUGGUGACGUCAACUCGAAGUGCGGUUAUAAGGAUGGAGAGUUUACUACGGACGGAAAGUCUACUGAGGGUUGCACUACUGCAAUGAGCAAGGGUGGCAAGGCAGUCAUCCGAUAUUACUCGUAA